UGCAAAAUGGCAGGCCGGAUGAUCCUGUGCUUAAGAAAGCAAAAGAGAUUGUUUGUAAAAACAUUUGUUGGAGGUACCGGAGUUGUCAUAUUUUGGGCUUCUGUCACAUCAUUAUUAAUGAUCGGAUUUUUCCGACAACAAUGCUCCACCUCCUCUUAUGUUCUCCCUCUCCUGAUGGUCCCCACCAGUGUGAUGGGAAUAUUUACUGGGAUCUUCCUCUGGAUGUUUGUGGGAUUCCUCUGGGAUAAAGAUAUACGGGAUUUUAUGCAGUUUAUGGCAGCUCUAUCUGUCAUCGUCACAUUCAUCUUGGAAUUCAUUUCCUUUGGAAUUGCCAUAUGGAAGAGAGACGACCCGGAUUGUACCAAUCCUUUUUAUGGCUACUCAAUCGGAAUGCCGUUUUCAUUGGGAAUUCUAUUGAUUUUUCUUUAUAUUGUAUUUGGUAUUGAUAGAUAUAAAAACUCUAGAACAAAUCCACUUGAUUAAUUGGAAUAUUAUUUAUGUUCUCAACGUAAAAAUUAAAUCAGUUCGAUAUAUAAAAAUGAAUGUUAUUCACAUAUCAAUGAAACUUGUUAAAGUAUUUCCCUUACCAAUGACAAAAUUGUGUGGGAUCAAGGAAGCAUUGCUUGAAAUACUUACAAAAAUGAUCUUUGAAACUUGAGAGAUAUCUGUAGUGCAAGUGAUUGUAAUUUUUUUCUGCUUG